CAUGCCUCUAUCUUGCGUAGAAAAAUCAGGAUUGAAAAGAUUUAUGAGCGUCAUUUGUCCACGCUAUAAAAUUCCAUCACGAACUACUAUAACUGGCCUCAUGGAACAACGAUACGCCACUACCAAAGCCAUUUUAAAACAAAAAUUAAGUGAGAUAAAUAAUAUUGCUUUAACAAGUGAUAUAUUAACUCUUAUUAACUCGACACGAAGUUUCAUCGUAGUGACAGCACAUUUUCUUAACACAGCUAAUAACUGCACUCCUGAGCAUGAGAUGGUGACAUUGACAGCACGAAGAAUGUAUCAGGUACAGCUUGGCAAAAAAGUCUUGAAACGGUACUAAAAUAUUUGAUCACUGGCAACACUCUUUUUAUCAAAUGUCAAUCAUGUCAAGUUAGUACUUGUUGUGUCAUAACAUAAAUCCUCGUGAUCGUUUUCAUGUUGUUUUAUGCGUAAUUGCGUUAUUUUGGUGAUUAAGUGACAAAUAGUGUGCAAAAUGAAUAGGUCUGUCAUCCGUAGCUCCGCCAGAGAGAUUAUUUAUAAAGUUUAUAAGAGAUGUUUAGCAGAAUCCGAAGCCGGACAGUAUUUAUCCGAUCUCAACGAUGUUUAUAAAAGAACUGCCGAAAUGACUGGUAAAUCUGUCAGUACUAUAAGACGAAUCGCAUUGGAAGGACAACGAAAUAAAGGUGUUUUUUCCACACCAGGAAAGCAUAGAGCGGGACGGCCUAGAAAAGACUUGGACGACUUUGAUUUGUGUGCGAUCAGACAAAAAAUUCAAUUCUUUUACACUGUGAAAAAGAUCGCGCCAACUCUACGAAACCUGUUACCUGUGGUUAGAGAAGACCUCCAAUUUAGCGGAAGCCGUGAACACUUACGAAAAGUUUUAAUAAAACUGGGCUUUAAGUACAGAAAAUGCCAAUCCGACAGACAAGCUCUGAUGGAAAAGCCAAAUAUUGCAGCAAAGCGUGAGGUUUAUCUGGAAAAGAUUAUCGAAAAUAGAAAUUUACCAGAUGACUUGAGAAAGGAUAUUAUUUAUCUAGACGAGAGCUAUGUCCAUACAUCCUACAAAUUAAAGAAAUGCUGGCAAUCCAUUGACAUACAUGGAAUAAAAGAAAAUGUGUCCAAAGGCAAGAGGUAUAUAAUUAUACAUGCAGGGAGUGAAAAUGGAUUCGUACCAAAUGCUCUUUUAAUAUUUAGUGGGAAAAAUAAAAAUGAAGACUACCACUCCGAAAUGAAUAAAAAUAAUUUCACAAAAUGGGUUACAGAAAAAUUAAUACCAAAUGUUCCUAAACCUUCUAUUAUAGUAAUGGAUAACGCCCCCUACCAUUCAGUAGUUCGCAAUAAAGCUCCCACUUCUGCAUCAAAAGUCAGUGAAAUAAAGCUGUGGUUGUCAGAGAACAAUAUACCAUUUUCUGAUACAACAAGAAAGCCAAAUCUGUUGAUGCUUGUCAAACAACACAAACCGGAGCCCAUCUAUGAAAUAGAUGAUCUUUUAAAUAGACAUGGUCACACAGUUGUAAGGCUCCCACCUUACCAUUGUGACCUUAACCCAAUUGAACUAGUGUGGGGCAUUGCAAAACAAAAAAUUGCAUCGCACAAUGUCGGAUCUGUUGACAUCAAGGCAGUAGCUGAACAAGCGUUUCAGAGUAUAUCUACUAAUGACUGGAGAAAUUCAUGCCAACACGUCAUGAAAAUAGAGAGAGAAUAUUACGAACGGGGGCGAACUCUGUAUGACGAUAUUGAAAGAAUUAUCAUAAACCUUCAAGAUGAAAGCAGCAGUACUGAAUCAAGUGAAGAUAGCCAGCAGACUGUUGAUGAAGACUCGCCCCAAAAUUCUGAUGAAGACUGUUCUGGCGUGGAGUAUUUAGAUGAAAGCAUUUUUGAUUCUGAUUAACAUAAAAUAUGCAAUUGAAUUAAUAAAACUUUUACACAUUA